CUGUUGACAGUGCUGGGAGACGUGUGAGCUGCUGGCUUCCAACUUCCCCAUCUGGAGCAUCACCUGUGGCCACCGAGAUAUAUGUGAUGCUGGGUGCAAGGUAGCGUGUAGUUUCUACUCGUCGCACCCGAAGUCUGUGGUGCCACUAAGUCAGCACAACUCUCGUCUCACUCUCGUCUUCAGUGGGUCUGCUGCUCAGUGGACGCUCUCCUGGGGUCGCGACUCUCCCAGGGAGCAUGUGGUGUUCGCUCUCUUCACCCGCAGUCCUGGCAAGUUCUGGGAACUUCGACUGCAGACGGCGGACUUCGGCGCUGGUUUAGAAGACGUUCCAAGCGUAUCUGACAUGAAGCUGGUGGCUGUGGCUGAGUCUGGUGUUUUGUCUGUUAUUAUUACGCCGUACGCCCCUACUACUCAUCCCAAGAGUAUCACAAAGGCUUCACUUGCGUCUUCCCAAUCCCAGUCUUCGGGUGAACAUUCUGAGACUAACGGCAUUGAAGUAAACGGAGGUGAAAUGUGGCCACUUCUUCAUGAAGCGGAAGUGGAAGAUUCUGGUUUGGUGGCUGCUCACGUGUGGUGGCCACCACAGAGUCCUCGUGGUGGAGACUACCUUGUUACCUGGGAGGUUGAGGGUGGAGGCUUGAAGGGCCACCUGUACACUGACUUACCUGAGGUUGAUCUUACAUUGUGGCCAGAGACUGUGUAUCACGUGCAGGUUGAGCUGGUUACUGGCCCUCGCGGUGAAGAUGUCACCUCUGUACAGCUUACACUCGACACCCAUAACAUCACCCUCGCUGCCCACGCUGUUCAAAAUGACAUCAUGCCAACACUACCUUUGGUUCAUAAAGCUGUUACGCCAAUACAGCUGGAGGUCCUUCUUGGCGUAGGUGCUGGUAUCUUAAUGGCACUGCUGGUUGUGGCGGCACUGAUCUGGAGGCGGAAACACGCUACUGGACUCGCUUAUGACACCACCUCCGCCAAGAGUAGGGCUUCGCAUCGCACUUUAUCGGACCCCUCGCUAGAUGAGUCAUUUGUCUUUAAUAAGCACAAACUGCCAGAGUCCAGUACUGGCUUAACCGCUCUCGUCCGCCCGCCUAAGUUCCCCAUCUAUAACCUGACACCACCCACACACCCUUCAACUUCUCUCCUGUGCCUGGUACGCCCUUCCCACACUCCUGUCAAUUUGUAUAGUGAUGUGCCACCCACCCAGUUGACCCGAAACGUCUCUAACAUAUAGGAACAAAUGAAAAGAACUGAAAAAUAACCAGGUUCAAAAAGUGCUUCGCCUAACUUCUUGUGGGAGAUUCCAUGAGUCAACGACCCCGUCGCCAGUUCCAGGCCCCUUUGUUUCUUGCCAAAUUAUUAAUGCCAUUUUUUCCUAGACUCACAGUUGUACUUUUAGACAACAUAGCCCAGCUUAUCAGGGACUGAUAUGAAGAACCUACCAAGUACCCUCUUAAAGAGAUCUAGGAAUCUAGUGGUAGUUUCCCUUAUGUAUGAAGGUAGAAGUUUGUCGUGUAUAUAACAAUGAUUCUUGCAGUGCUGGAGUGUUCUUCAACAGUAGAGUCUUAUAAAGUAGGAAUGCUCUCCAACAGUGUACAUGUGCUCACUAUCAUAAGGACGUCACAGUGUAGGUGCACUCACCAACACAAUGUAAGUAUAUUUACUUAUAUUAUGAGGCUGUUCCUGCAUGUUCGAUAAAUUAUUCAAAAGCCUGGUUUACAAAGAAACUGUAUCUGAUGUCAAGUUCGGGUUCAAGAGUGAAGAAACUCCUGAAGUCUGUGCCAGAUAUGUCACAGGAGUGCUGGUUCACGUCUGUGCUCAUUAUUUGUAAAUAGAUCUGUGGUUCCCAGUAUUUUCUCUGGGUAUUCAAAAAGCCAUUUGUGUUUAUGGAAGACAUUUGAUACAUAUAAUAAGGGGAAAGAUUAAUCUUUGAAAGAAAUAUAUGUGGUGUAUGUGUGUAUUUGUAGUGUAUGCGAUUUAUUUGUGUUGUGUAUAUGUCGUGUAGUAAGGAGAAAAUAGUGGAACAAGUGUGAAUGAGGUGUAUUUAAAUCACUAUAAUUAUUAUAGGGAAAGAGUGCUAAGAAGCAGGAUUGCAAAUCACCUGGAUUCCCAAAAUCUGCACAAUCCAGGGCAACAUGGGUUCAGGGCAGGUCGCUCCUGCCUCUCACAACUACUGGAUCACUAUGACAUGGCCUUGGAUGCACUGGAAGAAAAUCAGAAUGCAGAUGUAAUAUACACAGACUUUGCAAAAGCAUUUGACAAAUGCGAUCAUGGCGUAAUAGCCCAUAAAAUACGUGCUAAAGGAAUAACUGGGAAAGUGGGGAGAUGGAUCUUCAACUUCCUAACAAAUCGAACACAAAGAGUAGUGGUCAACAGAGUUAAAUCGGAGGCUGCCAUAGUGAAGAGCUCUGUUCCACAAGGCACAGCACUCGCCCCCAUCUUAUUCCUUAUCCUCAUAUCAGACAUAAACAGAGAUAUACACCACAGCACCGUAUCAUCCUUUGCGGAUGAUACUAGGAUCUGCAUGAGGCUGUCAUCUGCUGAG